CUCCUUAGUCUGCCACCGUAAUCAUCACCUUCUGUACAUCAUCUCUACCACCUACUGAUACUUUUUAUCUGUAUACUGUCUAUCUUUAUUCAUGUACAUAUACAUUGAUAGCUACAAAAGGAGAGGGUUAUGGGGAGAUCUGAACUAAAUCCAUCCUAUUGUCGGUUCUUUCCAUGUUUCUGAUCGCAUCGUGGCUUUGAAUCCUUUGAUGGGUUUAAGAGAGGUUGGAAAGAGAUAGAUGAUAUAUCUGAAUUGUGUUGCAGAGUUGCACAGAGAAGAAAUUCAUGUUUAGAUAGAGCCUUUGAGAAUCAACCAUCAUUAUCUGCUCACGAGAUUUUGCUUUUUCUGAGACUAAAUGUCACUGCCACCUGUUCAUCUACAUAUCACCCUCUUGGUUGUAUUUCAAGCUGGGAUUCUCUAGUUCUGGGUUGUUCUUCUUCCAAUUGUUUUGUUUUCUUAUAGGGUCUUAAAAAGAUUGUUACAACAAGGGUUUGGUUGUGCAAGAACAUAAUCAAACAAAGAGAUAAGAUUAGUGGGUUUGUUUUGUUUUUUCUCUGUUGGAAUCUUCUUCACAGCCAAAUGUUUCAUGCAGUCAUGUCUAACCCAAUCUCUUUGUCUGAGGAAGCUAGUGUUUCUUCUGGUAAUAAAAUUCAUGACUUUGGAAGCUUAAAUCCAAUGGUUCAAAUCGUUUCUCCUCAGCAACCACAGAUAAUCCAAAAGAAGAGAAAUCUCCCUGGAAACCCAGACCCAGGUGCAGAAGUGAUUGCAUUAUCUCCAAAGACCCUACUGGCAACCAAUAGAUUUGUGUGUGAGAUCUGCAACAAGGGCUUUCAGAGAGACCAGAAUCUUCAACUUCAUAGGAGAGGCCACAAUCUUCCAUGGAAGCUGAAGCAAAGAAACAGCAAAGAGAUCAAAAAGAGGGCCUAUGUUUGUCCUGAACCUACAUGCGUUCACCACCAUCCUUCUAGGGCUCUUGGUGACCUUACAGGAAUCAAGAAACACUACUGCAGAAAACAUGGGGAGAAGAAAUGGAAGUGUGAGAAAUGUUCAAAGAUUUAUGCUGUUAACUCAGACUGCAAGGCUCAUUCAAAAACCUGUGGAACUAGAGAGUAUCGAUGUGACUGUGGAACUCUUUUCUCCAGGAAAGAUAGCUUCAUUAACCAUAGAGCAUUCUGUGAUGCUUUAGCAGAAGAAACAGCCAGACUCUCUGCAAACUCAACCUUGACAACAAACCCAAACCCCACUGCCCAACCCCAACUUCAACCCUUUCUUCUACACCCACAAAACCCAUUGUCAGUCCUUCUCCCUCUCACAACCCAACAUCAACACAUCUCUUUCUACCCCAGCUGGAAUCAACCUCAAAACCCUAACCCUAAACUUAACCCUAACCCAGUUCACAUCAAGCCUGAAACCAUUCUCCUUCCCAUCUCUUCACCAUUUUACCAAGAACCACCACCACCACACCCAACUCUCACCUCACCAUUCCAAAACCUCCAUUUCAGCACACAACCCACAUCAGCUCACCUCUCGGCUACUGCACUCCUCCAAAAGGCUGUAUCAAUUGGCGCACAAUCAGUAGCUGGUCACGUGCCUUCUUCUACUAUGGCCCAGUUUGAUAUAAGCACAAUGGGUCACGUGAGCACCGGAAUCUCGCCGGAAUACCUGGGUUUCACUCCGGGAAGUUUUGCUAGGUGGCAGAAAAGUGACCGUCUGACUAGGGACUUUCUGGGGUUGACAGGAGAUCACCGUGGUGAUGGUGGUAAUGGGAGCGUUGAUGUUAACGUAAACGUGAGGAAUCUGCUAUCGUUCACGGGGGAUGUAGAGUUCCCGACAUAUGACCGUGACCACUCAUUGUUGAAGCAUCAAGCCUUUGGUUUUGCUGAUGAGCCUGCCUCGGAAACGUGGGGGAAUUGUUAAAGCUACAGGUUGAUUAUCUAGAGGGGUAAAAUGGUAUUUCUGCUUUGAGGUUUUUUUCACCCUUUUUUUCCUUUCUUGCUUAUGAGUUGCAUUUGCUACUUCUUUCCUUUUCUUUCUUUCUUUUUUUUGUUUUGUUUUUGGGUUCUCUUAAAACCUGAUGAAACAUGAAGUUAAUUGGAUAUAGU